UAUUCUCCCCAGAGAGGCUUUAAAUCAUCCAUUCGUCUCGUAUAAGUAACAAAUCUCUGGGCACUGAUCCCCGAGGGGAGGUCAGCGCUGCGGCCUGAGAGAUAAGUCGUCAAGGUAGGCUUAUUGGAGAAGCACUACCACCGACUGGCUCAGCGCGCACAUUUUGAAGUAGUCUCAAUAUUUCAAUUCACUAGGCGUCUGAAUGCGAAUUCGCUGGUCGUCAUUGACAAAGUGUGGUGUCAUGGUUACAUGGCAAAAGUUCAAAAACAUCUCUAUCAAAUGAUCAAUACAAUCACGGUGAAGAGCAUGACUUGGAUCGACGAGAAGUCUGCAUCGAAGCUGAACUACGUGGAAGAGAAGAUCGGAGAACGCUGAUUUCUACGGGCCAUUACAUGAACGAUCGAUUCUUUAAUAUGGAGACGGCCAACAACGUGCCCCAACUGCCCGUGCGAGUGGCGGCGGAGGACAGACUCAAAGCAAAGGACGCACUGAUCACUGCGGCUUUGCGAACGAACACUGAUCAAGCAAGCGAUCAGACCGGUGAAAUUGUAUUAUGUUCUCGCCGACACGUAAAACGGGAAGCGGCCAAAUUCUCAAGUCCCAGUCUAUCUGCACAUUCUGGCAGCACUGUACGGAGGAUAACGCCAUCUAUCAUAGUUAACUAUUACAAAAGAACAUUCUCAACCAACUGCCAACGACUGAGAUGCUGAUAGACUAGAUUUUCUUUAAUCAUGAUUACUAGCGAUGAACGUUUCCUAUGAUAGGCGUAUUUAUCCUAAGGGUUGAGAGUAUUAGCGCAGAAGGCACAAGGAGGCGGGGGUAGACGCAUUGCGUCACGAGCCAUUUUAUCGCCUACAAGAAAUAUAUCAAUAACGAUAAUAUCAUACAUUACGACAAAAACUUUUCAGAGCAUGCAAUAGAAUUAGUGGAUUUGAAAAAGUUUAAUUACAUUUCUCACAUAAUGCAGAUUUACUUGCGAAAGAUCAAUUAAAUAUCCCCGCUUUCAAUGCAAAACAGCUUAAUUAUGUCAAUGAAUAUUACGAGUCGAAGAACUGAGGUGUGCGAUGACGGCUGCAAGGUCGGAAAAAUAUUUGGGAGUGAGACGUUUUGACGAAAUAAUAGUGUUCAAUUAUCAGUCUUUACUAAAUUUAACAUUUUAGCAACAAAAACAAGAUAUUUAG